AUGACUACAUUAUCAACAACACGCGGCAAACAAGCCCUCGCCGUCAGCAUCGUAUUCACGACUCUAGCAACAUUCAUUACUGCCGUUCGUAUAUUCACACGAGCAUUUCUCGUGAAGCAAAUGGGAGCAGAUGACUAUGUCAUCCUCGUCUCUCUAGCCUUCUCAUGGGCUUUCUUCGGUCUGCUCGUCGGCGAAGUAUACCACGGCAUGGGCGAGCAUUACGCCGUUAUUCCUGCUGCAAUCUACAAAACCCAGAUGAUCUGCUUCUGGGCCUCAGUUCCCAUCUACCAAACAAGCCUCAUCAGCACAAAGAUGUCAAUCCUUCUCCAAUACAAACGAGUCUUCUCCAUGCCCCACAUGCGUCUCGCAUGUUGGCUCCUCAUCGGAUUCCUAGGCGCCUACGGUUCCUGGACCAUCGCCAGUGCCUGGGCCAAUUGUGUUCCUCUCGCCAAGUUCUGGGAUCCGUCCAUCCCGGGCUUCUGUUUCGAUAAAAAGGCCCUGUGGUUCUCGAACUCGGCCAUUCACAUCCUCACCGAUAUCCUCAUCUUGAUAUACCCCAUGCCUGUCCUGAAAUCACUGCAAUUGCCAAAGAAGCAGAAAUUCGCUCUCAUGGCAGUCUUCGCCCUGGGUGGAUUUGUCCUGAUCACGAGUGUCCUUCGUCUUCAAUCGCUCCUUGUAAUCUCCAAUUCAGAUGAUCCAACCUACGAUAACGUCGGCGCAGCAGCCUGGUCCGCCGUCGAAUGCAACGUAGCAAUCAUCUGCGCCUGUCUCCCCGGCACACGCGCCUUCCUCUCCAAACUCCUCCCCCACAUCUUCUCCACCCGCAGCAACGGCUACCGCAGCAGGACAACCCGGCCCUCACACAUGGGUCGCAGCGCCCUAACCGGCAACGGCAAUUCGCAAGUGAUGGCUUCCAUCGUCGGCGGACACAACCGCAGCCAGUAUGAUCAUGAUCUGGAUGACCUGUCGCCGUCCGGCUCGUUCAAUAGCUACACCAAGGAGCCUAUGAAAGACUCCUUCACUGGCAUUAAGGUUACGACCAACGUUACGCUGGAGAGUACUGCGCAUCCGCGCACUAUUGCUAAUGAUGAGGUGGGGAGUACGAGGGAGUUGGUGAGGAAGACGAGCUUUUGA